GCACGACAGUUGGACGCCGGUCGCGUAGCCAGGAUGGCCGGAGGUUCGUCGUUGUUGUCGCCUUGUAUACAGUACCAGUUGAACCAUUACAACAGCUGUCGUGUCACUGUAACAAGUGUAUUUGUUUAGUCAUUCGUCGCCGUAUUUGAGAUUGCAAGUGCACAAGACUGAGAGUGUAAAUUGAAAAAAAAAUAGUAAAAGCAAAUCGAGAGUAGUGCACAUAACCUUCAAAUAGGAAGCAGUAAGAGAGAAAGAGGUACAGAAGAAAUGAGAAAGAGAGAGUUGUUGUGUUACGACGACGACCACGGCUGCGCAUUUACUUAGAGGUUAGGUUUGAUUCCCGGACAACUACUUCUCUCGCCCACGAAAACAUCCUCUUCGACGUGUGGACUUCUCCAAGAUUCAAGGCCGCAACACUGCUAUAUACAUUCACUGUGCGCUACUCUGAGGAUGCUGCUACUAACAUGAACAAUGGAUUCUCAGCAGAAGCGGCGGACUGUAAAAUUGACGUGAAAGCCACGUAAUUGAUCGACAUAAUCGAUCGAUUACGAAUGAAGCCGUGAUCUACAGCAGCUAAGAGUAACACCAUCAAGAAACAUACAGUAUACGCAGUUGAAAUCAUAUAUAUCCGUGUAAGCAAUCGAUGAUGGGCUAGUUUGGUGAGCCGGAGGUGGCGGUAAUCGUCGCGCUUUUUCGUCGUCGCCAAGAAGAGAUGGCCGUUGAACGCAGUAAAUGGCGCAAGUGUGAUGCGCCUCCCGACUGUUGCUAGGCUGAAGACGAUCGAAUUGGCAGCGUUGGCCAGGAUCGUCGUCAUGAAGAUCACAACGGGCGAGGCUGUGGUGCCGUUACUCGGUGCCAUCGCGCCCAGAUAUGUUGUCAAGCAGGCCACUGUCAAGAGGUGCGUUGCAGCGCUACUUCUUGUUUCUGUGGCCAGUAUAUUUUACUAUACACACUACAUCAUCAGCAGUCCCUUGUCCAGUUUGAUCCAUCGAGACACGAGACCAGAGCCAGCGAUACGUUGUUCGACGCUCAAGGGAGCAACGCGACUCCCAAAGGCACCGGACCACCGUAGUGAAGCGCGACUAAGGAUCGACCCUAAAGUCCUGGUCUUCGUCGAGACUUUGUACUCCAGGCUUGGCCGCGAAAUCGCUGAGCUACUCGUCUACAACCGGAUCAAAUAUAAGGUGGAAGUGGCUGGGAAGUCGCUGCCAGUGUUGACGAACUUGGACAAAGGGCGCUACGGAGUGUUGAUCUUCGAGAACCUGAACAAAUACUUGCAGAUGGACAAGUGGAAUCGCGAGCUACUUGACAAAUAUUGCCGUGAAUAUUCGGUCGGGAUAGUCGGUUUCACGCCACCCGGAGAGGAAAGCCUUGUUGGAGCGCAACUCAAGGGUUUUCCUCUCUUUGUACAUACCAAUCUUAGGCUAAAGGAUGCUCAGUUGAACGCUGCGUCGCCGAUACUGAGGUUAACGAGGGCUGGCGAGACGGCAUGGGGACCGCUGCCUGGAUACGACUGGACAAUUUUUCAGCCUAAUCACAGUACCUACGAGCCACUCGCUUGGGCCCAUAGGGAUAGUAUUGAUUACGUGACUAAUCGUAGUCCUUUGGCUACUGUUAUACAAGAUCAUGGUCGCUACGACGGAAUUCAGCGUGUUUUAUUCGGUGGUGGUCUAAAGUUCUGGCUACACAAGCUGCUACUAUUGGAUUCGCUGUCGUAUCUGUCGCACGGUCAACUAAGUCUAAGUCUCAACCGCAUGAUUCUCGUCGACGUGGACGAUAUAUUUGUCGGUGAGAAAAGCACGAGAUUGAAAAAAGACGACGUACUCGCAUUACUGGCCACACAACAAAGGAUACAAACUAUGGUGCCGGGGUUCAAAUUCAAUUUGGGGUUUUCCGGCAAGUACUUUCAUCACGGGACGGCAGAGGAGAAUUCGGGGGACGAUAUGAUACUCGAGAACGUCGACAGAUUUACGUGGUUUUCCCACAUGUGGAAUCACCAACAACCCCAUCUCUACGAGAAUGUGACCCACCUGAUGUUGGACAUGGCGCUGAACAAGCAGUUCGCCAAAGAUCACGGCAUACCGACCGUAAGCGGUUACAGCGUAAGUCCUCAUCACUCGGGCGUUUAUCCCGUACACGAAGGUCUCUACGAAGCUUGGAAGAAGGUCUGGAACAUUAAAGUUACAAGCACUGAAGAGUAUCCUCAUCUCAGACCAGCGAGACUCAGACGAGGCUUCGUACAUCGUGGCAUUAUGGUACUACCACGUCAGACGUGUGGUCUAUUUACGCAUACAAUAUUUAUCGAGAGGUAUCCCGGCGGUCGAGAUAAGCUCGACGAGUCGAUCCAGGGUGGCGAACUAUUCCAGACUAUCGUUUACAAUCCGAUAAAUAUUUUUAUGACGCACAUGUCGAACUACGGUAACGAUCGACUGGCGCUAUACACUUUCGAGUCUGUCAUCAAGUUUAUUCAGUGUUGGACGAAUCUCAGGCUAUCGAGUGCACCACCGUUGCAGCUUGGCGAGAGGUACUUUCAACUAUAUCCUGAAGAAACUGAUCCUGUCUGGGGUAAUCCUUGUGAUGAUCCACGCCAUCAGAGGAUAUGGUCGAAAAAUAAAACUUGUGAUCAACUACCUAAAUUUUUGGUGAUCGGACCUCAGAAGACAGGAACGACGGCCUUGUAUACGUUUCUGUCUCUACAUCCUGCGAUUAGCAGUAAUUUGCCUAGCCCGGAUACUUUCGAGGAGAUACAAUUUUUUAAUGGCAAAAAUUACUAUAGGGGCCUUGAUUGGUACAUGAGUUUCUUUCCAGCGACGAAGAAUGAAAGUGCUCGGUACUUCUUCGAAAAGUCCGCGACGUACUUCGACGGUGAAUUGGUUCCUCGACGAGCUCACGCGCUUCUACCGAAAGCCAAGCUCAUUACGAUACUCCUAUCGCCUGCGAGGCGAGCCUACUCUUGGUAUCAACAUACCAAGGUUCAUGGUGACGUGACGGCUAAAAAUUAUUCAUUUCACUCGGUUAUCACUGCCACUGACACCGCGCCUAAACCACUUAGGGAUCUUAGGAAUAGGUGUCUAAAUCCUGGUAGAUACGCACAACAUCUCGAGAGGUGGCUCUCAUAUUAUCCAGCGCAGCAGUUACAUAUAAUCGAUGGUGAACAGCUGCGUCAGAAUCCAAUUGAAACUCUUCACGAGUUGCAGAGGUUCCUGAAGAUAACCCCAACUUUUAACUACUCCACGCAUUUAAGGUAUGACCCAAAGAAAGGAUUUUUCUGCCAGGUAACAAACGAAGGUCGUACCAAAUGUCUGGGUAAAAGUAAGGGUAGACAAUAUCCACCAAUGGAGGAUAGAUCCUACAAAUUCUUGCAGAGAUACUAUUUAUCGCAUAACACAGCAUUAGUUAAACUUCUGAAGCGAUUGGGCUCAAGAACGAUACCACAAUGGUUGAAAGACGAUUUGACAGAUACCGUGAUGACCUAGCAAACGAUGCUAAUAUGAAACGUCAGCGAUUCCAAAAUCGAUGAUAUACUUAGGGCGAUUGUCUUGAUCUUACCGAAAGAGAGAGGCUUGUAAAUUAGUGUACAUAUGAUUAUACAGAACAUGAAACUUCGCUUGAGGCUCUUAUUUUUUUUCCGUUUUCGCGUUUUGACGGAGUACUAUCACUUGUAUGUAUAGAGCAGCCUAUAAUACCAAGGGCCUAAAGCAAAGCAGAAAUUAUAACUAGUCACUAAGAAAUUGAAUAGACGCAGGCAGCCUAUGUUAAGCAAAGAAUAAUGCAGCUACUGUUAGUUUACUGGGACUAUGCUAUAUAUUCAUUGCGAAGUAUUUUUGGACCAGUGCCAUUGAUAACUUCGUUUUUUACGUCCUUCAAAAGAUUCAGUCGACACAUCCAUUAUUUGAAUUUCUAAAUUUUGUAAUAAAUUUGAUGCAUUUAAAAUUUAUUCUUUACCAGUUUUCAGAUAUAAUUAAGUUAAUAAAAGAAAUUAUUAGUCGUCGGACCAAAUAGAAAUAUUUCUACGGAUCUAUAAACUCCAAAACACUGCAUUUGUACAAUUCGUAUCGGAUCAUUACUGAAAAACCAAAUUUUAUCACUUAUUUGCAAUAAAACCAGAGAAGAAAAUCAAAAAUAAGAGUAAAUAUUCUAAGUGGAAAAUCUAUUAAUUAUAUCUAUUAUGAUUUACACCAUGUAGAAGCAAUAAAACUUAAAUCCAAAUACGUAUAAUCUAUUUAAUUAAGUUAAAUGUUGAAUUAGUAAUUUUACAAAUGGAGUGUUGAGCACUUGAAUUGCCUAAAUAGAUAACUUUUGUAUGAUUAUUUAUUGUAUCACAAAAUAUCUUUUUGCUUUAUGUAAAAGAUGGUUUAUUAACUUUUUUCCUUGUAACGUAUACAUUGUAAAUUGAUUCUUUAGCUCAGUUUUCUUUUUUUUCUACUCUGGGUCAUUAUUACUAUCAUCAUCAUCAAGGAUAUUUCUUAAUUUUUUUUUCAAUUUCAAUUUCAUGAAUCAACUUGAUAUCUUUGGCGAGUACAUGUAAAACGCCACCGCUAUGUGGCAUAAUUUCGAAUAUGAAUUCUCAUUUCUUGACGUAUUCUAUGUUGUCUAAUUUAAACGAUUCUAGAAACGAUUGUUCUUUACUUCUUCGUCAUCGUUUUUAUAGACUUUUAUCUGAACUUCUUUGAAGUUAUUUUUUGUAGUAUUAAAUAGUUCCUUUAUUUAGCACGGUAUCGUUGAUGGCUGUUCUAAAAGACGUACGAAUCUGUCACUAUUUAUUUCUAUUCUCAAAGGAAACGUGAGAAUAUCUUCCAAAAGAAAAAUGUCUAGACCUAUAUGUUUAUGUAAAAUGGCCAAUAUUAUCACUGUUCUUUAAGCGGCAGAUUCGUUUGGGGCUCUGUCUUUGCAUAUUGGAAAGCUUAUAGGAAGAAGUUGAAGAAUUCUUACAAGUCUUGUUAAGCCACUCAAUAAAAUCAUUCUUUUCAAUUUUUGUUCAGCUAAUUUUAUUUAAUACUUUUUUUGUGUCAAGUUUGUAUUAUUUAACGUAAUCUUCAGUUAACGUUUUGGUGGAAUCUUCCCCCGCCCCAAAAUACAUUCUCACCAUUACGUUAAACACUUCUUUCCUAAUUUUAACAUGAAGAAAAUUCAGGGUACUGUCACCAACAUCAAAAACAAGAUUCAUGCCUUUAUUUUAUUAUGGAGCUCUUAUGCAAGAUCUGCCAAUGUUAGCUUAUUAAACACAUCAACGUUAUUGAACCUUGCUCUGUUUUUAAACAACCUAAAUCGCAGCCUCUCACUAAUCACUAUUGAACCAUGCAGGCAGUUACACUAAUUAUUUCAAUGAGUUGGUCAGUUUCGAGAGUUUAUUUUGCACAAUUUUUCGAAUACUUUUCUGCAUAAUUUUUCAGUACAUCUUUUUUGUGAAGUUUAAUUUCAGGCAAUUAACGUUUCAUCUCUUCUGCGAAUUCUAAUAUAAUUUUGGUAAAAUCUUCAUUAUUAAAAACCUUAAAUGGUCACUCUAAAUUUUCAAUAUUUUUGUAAAUUUGUAAUUAACCGCUUGACACCAAAAAUGUUUCAUUCUCGAUUUUCUGCUGCAUCACUUUGUGCCUUGGAUACAACUAUUGUUUCUGAAGGUAUUUAAAAAAUGUAAUGCCUGGGAGUUAACUCUUCUCUUGAUAAAUUUUUGAUUUACUCCACUUCUUUUAUCUAACUUCUAUCCGUAAGUCACUUAGCACGAAUAAGUUGUCCUCAAGUCAAUUUUAAUGGCAAUUGGUGCACUCAUUUUUCUUCUGAGCUAUGGUACUUUGUUAUGAUUCUAUAAAAUAAACUACAUUGAAUCUCAAAACUCAUCGAGGAGAAAUGUAAAGAAGCAGAGGCGAAAGAAUAUGACGCGCCAUAUAUCGAUUAUUUAUUAUAUGACUGCUUAUAAAACUAUGUACAUUCUUGAUAUAUUGUUACGUGUACAGUUUGAAAAAUUUUGUGACGGUUAUAACGUCUCCUUGUAUAUUUUGACAAUAUAGUUUGAUAAGUAGAUGAUGGGAAUGUAUAUUGCAUCGGUAAAUAUAGGUCGUACUUGUUUGUACAUUACUGUAAAAAGAUAUCGUAUGUUGGUGGAAAUAUGUUGCUUUGAAAGAGGUAUGAUAUCAAUAAUUAUGCUGUAUUUAAGAGGUCGAAGAUGAUUGUAAAUUGUAUUUUUUAUAGAAUUUUUGUGAUUUUUGUUAGUACCCAAUAUUCUCGAAAUGAUAAACCUACAUCUGCAUGAAAGAAUUUUUUGAUAUAUAUUAAAUAAUUUAUAUAAUUGCUCGUGUUCAAUCAUUGAAAGAGAUAAAAUUCUUUGACCUCUUAAAAUGAGUUUUUCAAUGCAAUGUAUCGAAAGAAAGCUAUAAUUGUGCGCAAUAAAUGUACGUAAGAAACCAUUUGCAAUAUAAUGUAAGUCGAUGAAACACGAUCAAGCGAUAGCGGAUUAAUGUUAACCAAUUGUUUUUUCAUGUGACGCAAACAUCCACAAUCAACUAGUCUUCGUAAAAGAAAUAAUAUUUUCUUACUACUCUAGAUGUAACCUUUCAGUAAGAAAAUUGACGAAAUUUAAGUACGCAAUUAAUUCAAUCAGCGAAAAUAUUGUGGAAGAAAAACAAUAAAUCCAUAUCAGGCCGAUAUCUCUGGCAAAGCAUUUUUUAUCAAUUCUCACGAUGUGUUCUCUGACCAUUUGUGUUUAUUACCUCCUAUCAACCGUAGCGGUUUUAAAAUUAGUUAUUAGAUUUACUCUUAAAAAGCAUAUUUAUCAAUUGCAGUAUACUUGCGUUUAACAGUCAUUCUCAAUUACAUAGAGUAUAUGCGAUUUCGGCAGCAAAUCACCUUAAGUUUCUGAAUCUAUAAUUUUAGAUAGCUACUUUUAUUAUUGUAAAAAUAUUUAUAUAUCGUUCGAAUACUAAAUCAAAAAUAAUAGUUAAUAGAUACCAGUACUUACAGUUAUUUAUCAUAAAUUCAAAAAUCAAUUUAAGUUUUAAAUAUACUUAGACAAUUAAAAUUUAAAUAUGCGAGUAUGUUUAUAUAUUUUUGUAUUCGCUUCUAGAGCUCUAUAUGAAACGGAAGCUGUUGAAUGUGUUUGUAAGAUGAUUACGUUGAUAACUUGUAAUAUUUCUAUUUACUUGAAAAUUGAUUUAGAAUGACUGUUAAUUUAAAUUUGACUAUACAUAUUACAUUCAAAUAAUUUGUGAUCGAAAGGCAUAUCAAAGUCCAAAAAUGACUUUAUGGUCAUGGAUUUGCCAUAAAAAUGUUUGUAACACUUCAAAUAAAAGAAAACAAUUGUCAAAUGACGAAUGCAAUGUUAUAAAAUUUACCUUCCAAAUAGAAUUAUCAUCGACGCUACACUCAAUUGUAUUUUCUCAAUGUAAAAAAGCCACAAAUUUUAAACGAUACACGCUUAUCUCAUCUUAUCUCGUAAUGCGUGUGAAAUGUUUUUUCAACACGUGAUGCCACCCACAAUGCCAUGAAUAAAUGUUAAAUAUAUAGGAUCUAUUAACGUUUUUGUUAUUGCGUUUGUACAUUUGUUUUUCUUUUUAUACUGACCUUUGUGCCAUGUGGCAGAUUAACAAAUUAUGUAUAAAAAUCAUUGUUAAUAUGAAUAAUAAUGACUAUG